AUGGCGACCGCUGCAGAAAGGGAGAGGGAGCUGCAGCGCGCUCUUGGAGAGUGCGCUUUGAGUAGCUCCUGGAUUUUCACCCUCGGGGGGUGUUUAAUCUCCAUCCCUAUAGGUAUCAAGCGCAAGUCCCUGGGUCCGCUGGUGUUCUACGGUACCACAGGCGCCAUGGUGGACAUCAUUCAGGGCAUCAGCCUUUGCGAGAAGGAGCGAGAAGCGCUCAAAGCAUUCAUGGAGGAGAAGAAAGCGGGCAAACAAGGAGGAGCGGAUGGUGCUGGUAGCGUCAAUGUCCCAGGGGUAGGGGAGAGAAGCGGAAUCCCACAAGAUAUUGCACAGACGUUGGGUGACGAUGGGAG